CCAUCACUUCUCAGUUUCCAAGGUUACCGAUCUGCUCUCCUGAAAGGCGCUACAUCAUCAGCAUCCGUCCAGCGAGGGCUGCAGUAUAGCAGGCAGGCACCUCCCUCACACACCGCACUGUAAGGAAAAAUGGAGUAGUGUUAUGCUAAACCAAAAAUCCCCAUCCUCCUCAGGACUGCGCUGUGUUUCGCCAUGAGCAUCGCCAUAUCGCCGGUAGCCAGUGAGGCUUCUUCCCCUAUGAUAACCUCUGUGACCCCUACCCUUGAACCCGGCCCGGAUAAGCACGAUGACCCAGAGUUGUGCGUGCCCGGCGUUAGCGAGGAUAGGAUGACCCAGAAACAAGAUCGCUACAGCAGGUACCAGAAGCCUCCACCGCUGCACACAGGGGCCGACUGGAAGGUUGUGCUCCACCUGCCAGAGAUAGAAACCUGGCUGAGGGCCACGACGGAAAGAGUACGAGAUCUCACACACUCUGUGCAGCAAGACAGCAUUAAUAAACACGUGGAUGUGCAUCUGGUACAACUCAAGGACAUCUGUGAAGAUAUAUCCGAUCAUGUUGAGCAGGUCCACGCGCUGCUGGAGACCGAGUUCUCCCUGAAGCUCCUGUCCUACUCUGUGAACAUCAUCGUGGACAUCCGCAGCGUUCAGCUCCUCUGGCAUCAGUUACGAGUCUCUGUUCUCGUUUUGAAAGAGAGACUCCUGCAGGGCCUUCAGGACUCCAACGGCAACUACACCCGCCAGACCGAUAUACUGCAGGCCUUCAACCAGGACCACGACGAGGCUCGACUGGACACUCUGACAGAAGUGGAUGACUCUGGUCAGCUGACCAUUAAGUGCAGCCAGGACUACUUUUCUCUAGAUUGUGGCAUCACUGCUUUUGAGCUGAGCGACUACAGCCCCAUCGAGGACCCAGAAAGUCGAGGGCUACGCUCCCUUUACCCCGAGCUGGAGCAAGACUUUCCGGAGCUCCUUCAGAGCGUAGAUCUUCUCAACAUCACGGCCUCUAGGCAGAACCAGGUGUCAUCAUCCGCAGAAGAACCUGUAAACACCACCCCGAAACCCGAAGAGACAAUCAGUGGCCCCGCUAUUGGGGACAACGCACCAGCUACAGCCAUGCAGGGUGUGAGCCCACAAAGUGACAGCAACCUCGGCCUUUCCAAGCGCCCCCUUCAGGGCGGAAUUAGAAGUGACGCGUCACCCACACAGCCCUUGCCGAAGAAGCCUAUGUAUUUAGAGGGCGAUGGGGAGACGAGGUGGCCUUCACCCCUGCAGUACCAGGCAGAUAUGAGCAGAAGCACACCCUCCCUUCUGGACCCACCGGAUCGUUCGAAGUUCUGGCUGGAGUUGGAAUCGGCGUAUCCAGGCAAUGCCAGUCAAUCUUUUGAAAGUCUGCAUGCCACUAAUAGAUGCAACCUGCAGAUAGGUUUAAAGAGACCCUCUGUGCCUGGCGAGUCCCAAAUUCCCCUUGAAAGACGCUCGUCUGAGGGUUUCCACACGCACAAGCGCUCAAGUACGAACUUAAAGGCUUCUGAAGCCAAGCAGGUGUACAGCGACUCCUCCAGCCCAGCACCAUCUUCAGGAGAGGACAUCUCAGACCACGACACACAAGAAAUGUCCUCCAGCCCCGAUGAUCGCGCUCCCACCACAAGUUCUCUUUGGAUCACGCACAGAAACGUUUUGUGCAACACGUCGGGCAGCCCCAAAGAGCGUUGGUAUGGCUCGGAUGAGUUCCUCGCUCUUCCCGCGCAGCUUAAAAAGACAGAGAUGCUAGCGAUGAAGUUGGAAAGCCUGGCUCAGUCUCUUCCGCAGAGAUGCCUGCAAGAGUCCAUACAAGACGUAGAUGACUGGGAACUCACUGAAGUCAACCACGAAUGGGAGAGCGGUGACGAUCUCGUUCUUCACCCCUACAGAAAACCUUUCACAGGGGGGCGGUUUUCACCGACCUCUUCGAGUGACGUGGCUCCCUCCGUGGAUGAAAGCAUCGAGUCGGGACGCAUCAGCGACCUGCUGUCAGAGGACGAGGGGGCGAGGAGCACACCCGAAUCCAGGGGAACAAAUGUAAUAGCUGGGCGGCCCAGCCCACCAAAGAUGAUCCUGCAGUGCACGCCGCUAAUAGAGAAACUCGUCGAGGACAUACAGCACCAGGACAACUAUCAUGAUGUUUGGGGAAAGAUAGAGGGUUUCGUCAGCAAACUGGACGAGUUCAUCCGCUGGCUGAGAGAUGCUUUGGAAACCACCGAGAACUGGACGCCGCCCAGAGCAGAUAUCCACAGCCUGAAGCUUUACCUGGAAACACAUCUCAGUUUCAAACUGAACGUGGACAGUCACAGUACCCUGAAAGACAGUCUCCUGGAGGAGGGACGACAUCUCCUGGAACUCAUCGCCUCCCACAAAUCAGGGUUACGUGACAUCCUCCAUAUGGUCUCGUGCCAGUGGCAGGAGCUACAGAGGCAGAUUCGGCGUCAACACAACUGGAUGCUACGCACGCUGGACGCCAUCAAAACCCAAAUCCUGUUCGGCGAGGGGAACGAAGAACAGGAGGCCAACAGUCAUCACGACAGCCCCAAGGUAGAGGUCUUACAAAGCCACCGAGAGGCCCAGAAAGAUGUUCUGGAUCAGAUGAAGAUUAAACUGAAGAGUCAACAGUACUGUCCCAACAACAGAUGUAUCGACUUCACCCGGAUGUCCAAGUCUAACAGCCUAUCAGAGUUUGAGGCCGACUACCAGGAGCUCUGGGAUUGGCUGAUGGACAUGGAAUCGAUAGUGACUGACAGCCACGAUCUGAUGAUGUCAGAGGAACAGCGGCUUCACUUGUAUAAAGGGAACAGUGUGGAGAUGUCCAUGUGGCUUCCAAAGAAAACACAACUUCUAGGUUGGUCUGAAUCUCUGAAGAGGAGCGGUGUCGAGCUACCAGCCGACUUUGACCAAAGACUGAGUGCCCUCAGGAGCAAAUGGGAUCAACUGGAGAAAACCCUGGCCGAACAUGUGACACCCAGUGUGGGCCGUCAGAGUCAGCGCGAUCUUCUGUCUCCAGAAACCAACAGGAUGGUGACCCAGCUGGAGACCCGGAUAAAGGAAUUAAAGAGUUGGCUGAGAGAAACCGAGCUCUUCAUCUUUAAUCUAAACCUUAGACCUGAAGCAGAGCAGUGUGAGGACACAGAUGAUCAACAACACAGCAAACAGCUGCAGCACUUUAAGGCUCUCUGUACGGAGAUCCGGGGCAGACGGAGAGGUGUUUCCUCAGUGCUGAGGCUCUGUCAAAAGCUGCUGGACGGACCCGAGCGUCAGAGCUCAGAGACGGAUCGACAGUCAUUGCAACUGGUCCAGGUCAACCUGGAGAGACGCUGGGAAGCUAUCGUCAUGCAGGUGCUUCAGUGGCAGACCAGACUCCAGCGUACUCUGGGUCAAGACCAGGUCCCGGGAAACCUGAUUGAACCUUCACUCAUGGACCUUCAUGGCCAGACUGAAGACUCCUGGGAAUGGGAUGAGAUGGACAUGACCAUUGGCGACGAGACGCAGGAGUUAAACGCUGAAUCUGAAAUGCACCCCGAUUCCCCAACGGAGCCGACGGUGUUGUCCCCAAAUGACAGACGGAGCAGUGCAACCUUCAACACGAUGGAGGAGGAGAAUGCCACAUCAUCUCGUGUUUAUCAAGUGUAUAGUCUGCAUGAAGUAGAAUUCUACCAUCAACCCCAAUAUCAACACAAAUCAUCUUCAACCAAAGUUCAGCAGCCUCUUUUGAAGAGCUUGAGCGUGGACUCCUCUUUCUCCUCUGCUGAAUCCCUGCCUGAUAUCCUGGGAGAACUGCUAAAGGGGAAUCGUGAGUCGGCCAGGAGAUCGGAGAGCGAAAGUGGGAUAGUGAGCGAAGGAGACACAGAGACCACCGGUAACUCUGAGGUUUGCCUGCUCUUACAAAGUGAUGAUCCAAAGGUGUGCGUUACUUUAACUCCACCCACGGUUGAAGACUCAGUAAAUGAAGACAGAGUCUCAGAUGAAGUCAUAGACAGGGUUUUGGAGCGUGCUAAUAAGUGUGUCGAAUAUGGAGACAGUCUCACCAUUGGGAAGAGAGACCAGCGAUUGCACAUGAUGAGGAAGAAGAGGGAGGAGUGUAGAGAGAAUAGGAAGAAACACUUCAUUGAUGACCAUAGCAUAAAUCCUGACAACUACAACACAAAAGAUGAUCAAAGGCUAAUCAUAGAGAAAAAGCUCAGAAAGGAGUUUGCACAACUGUCCCAGGGUUCCUCCCUUGAUUCCCUUUAUGCAGUUGGAGAGUUAUUUCCAUCGAGCAAAGAGGCACUUACUCGUAGCACAUCCCUGGAAAGCUGGCUUUCUCCGUGUAAGAGCAUGGAGGACGGCGGUAGCAGGGAAAGCCUAAGGGACAAUGGAUCGUCUGUGGAGUCCACAGGGGAGCUCAGCAGGAGAACUUUGGAACUGUUAAAGCGCCUUGAAAACAUCCAGAAUCCUCUUGCUCAGAAGAUGACGCGGAGCGUCUCUGACGUAACGCUCCAGAACAGCUGGCUGUGGCGUGGACAACGCUCCGCCGGUGCUCCAUCCUCUAUUAACGAGAGCUCUGCAGCCUCUCUGACAGAGCUGAGCAGCACCGAAGACUCUUCUGUGGCAUCCGAAGACCUCGCCGUGCAAAUGAACCGCCGCGUUGCCGCCGAAUCGAAUGCAUCCUUUCGGAAGCAUUGCCGUGGCCAGCAACAAAAUGAAGAGGGAGACGCGAGCAUCAGUAUGGUUGUCAACGUGUCUUGCACUUCAGCCUGUACAGAUGAUGAGGAAGACAGCGACCUUCUUUCGAGUUCUACUCUGACUCUUACUGAGGAAGAGCUUGGUAUUAAAGACGACGACUCGAGUGUCACCUCAGAGGAAGAGUACAUUGAAGGCCCCUUUGGGUUGGACUAUACAAAGGGCGAGUUUCAGAGCUGGAUAAAACCUAGAUUCUCUCAGUGCAGAGAGAAAAAUGAGGCAGAUCUUGUGGAUGAACUGCAGUGUGGCACCCUGUCUAAAGAAAUUCCCAUCAAAACCGCCAACGACCGACAGUUUCUCAGCCGGUCAGCGCUGAAACUCUUGGAAGCUGACACUAAUGCUAAAAAUGAAAGCCUUAAUCAAAAGGAUGUGGGCAAGGACGCCACCAGGAGCUACAUCAGUCGAUUUGCGGACGACAUGGAGAAUGGAAAUGUUGAGAGCGUUCAAAGCAAAGGAAAGGAUGAAGAUCUGAAUGAAGAGCUGCUAAGGGAGGAGGGAAGUUUACUUACCCGGAAGGGCGAGUCAUUUAAAGGCUAUUACAUGACAGAUGGUGUAAACGUCAUCAAAAGUGAUACGUUUACCACUACCACUCCGUCCUCUUGCGAACAGCUUAGCUUGAACUCCAAAGAGUUAUCGCUGGAUGUGCAGCUGAAAGGAGAGCUUCCCUGUCACAAUUCUCAACGUCCUUCCCCAUCCAUCUCCCCAGCGGAGGAGUGCUCCGGGUUGGCAGCACAUGCUCACAUCCGACAAAAACAGCUUACUGCCUUCCUGAACGACGUCCAUGAGAACCAUCAGGAAUGCACUUCGGAUGGCUGCGGCCACUCUGUUUUCGACUCCGAAGAGACGAAAGCCGAAAACGUCCAUGACUUUGUGAUGGAGAUCAUUGACAUGACAUCCGUGGCCCUGAAAACCAAAGAGACGCCGGCUGAUCAGCCCGCUGAGGUUUCUAGCCCAACAUCUGUGUCUCAGAUCAAAGAGAAGGUACUCGAGCACUCCCAUAGGUUUAUCCACCUGCGCAAAGGGGACUUCUACUCCUAUCUGUCACUCUCCUCGCACGACAGCGAUUGCGGAGAGGUCAGCACUUGCGCGGAGGACAAGAGCACCACUCCGAUCUUAUCCGGUACCCCAGAUAUCCGUGACGAAGAGCCGCUCUUCGAGGCCUGCACGGAGGAAGUGUACCUAGGUCCUCCUCUCUGUUACAGCAUGUCCAUUAACAAACGGCCCACGAGAUGCAGCGCCAAACUACCAGAGCUUCUCCAAAGCUCAGAUGAAUACCAAAAAGCGCAUGGUAUUUCUCAAGAAAGUGUAGCUGGUAGCCAGCCGGAGUACCGUAAUGAGGCUCCUUAUCUUAAUCCUUUACCAUGCGAAACCCCGAUAGAUACUGUUGAAUGUUUUGCAGAUACUAAAAUGCUUGAAUCCAAUAUUUCCCCUGUAAUGACUAAGAUAAGAGUCUCUUGCUCCACUACAAAUCCUUUAAAAGGGGAAAGCAGCCUUUAUAUUAAUCCCAAAAUUAACUGUCCGCUGAUAAGGAGAAGUGAUAGUGAUGAAAGGGCCCAAGCUUCACAGUUGAUGAGACACAAGAAUGUCGGGAAAGGGCACAGCUCUCUGCAGGAAGUCAAGUCGACUCAUAAACAGCUUGCAAGGUCAGAGACCAGCAGCGAUGUCGCGCUGGGCCGCAGGGCUCAGAUCAGCGCUCCGCAGACAAAUAGCUCAUCUGCAGGAAGGGUUGGAGUCAGCAGUAGGCCUCAGGUCAAGAGAUUCUCUGGAACUCUAGCCACGUCUGUGUGUAAACCCUGAGCUCUUCUGCACUGUCUGAGGGCUUUCACACCAUCCCUUCGUGGUGAUUUCGGGGUCUGGAUUUUCCACCUACUUUGAUGUUAGUGCAUGGGCCGCUAGUCUGGCACUUUAGAGACCCUUCCUCCUCACUUUUUCAUCCUCUUCCUCCUGGCUGCUUGCUAUUUAACCCUGACCUUUAUACCCCGGUGACCCAAAGCUCCGCCCUGGACUGAGCUACCUCACCAGUCUUCCGCCAUUCAGUACCUACCCUGACACUUUAACACACUCGUGUACAAAUAAAACGCUGUCUAUCAUAUAUCACAUUAGCCUAAGGCUUGUCUAAGCAGGCAACUAUUACCUGUUUGCAUCCUCAGGGUCAAAGCUGAGGUGUGUUAUUAGAGGGUCGCCCCUAUCGCUUUGCAGUUUCGAGUGAAUAAUCAGCUUAGAUUCGGACAUGUCGUUGUGUUCUUCAAGAUCGCUGAUGUGGAGGUUACCAAAACUAGCUUCACGUUCCUGUGGGAGCGUCACAGUUUCUAUGCAACACGACGAUUGUGUGAUGUUGUGUGGUUAGUGAUCUUUGGCGGUUUGAUGCGAUAUUGUUUUUUUUUACUCCCUGAGAAUAAAGAAAUGUAACAUUUUGUGCCUUGCAGUUAUUACAUGUACAUUUGAUUAGAAACACUGCUUUUCCCCGUUGUGUGUCUGGUAAAUGGUGAGAAAGCAGAUGUUGGCAAGGCUGAUAUUGAUGAAUGAGCAUCUGUAAAUAUGUAUACUGUACGCUCAAACCCUGGUGUAUAAUGAUGUCAUAUUUACUUCAUGUGUUAGUGUACUGUUUGUGUUAGAUGGAUAAAUAGCGUACUGUUAGACUGCAUGAUAAACUAUGUACACUUCCAUAAAUAAACCUUAUUUAAUGAA